GUAGAGUUUGUCAAUAGGGAAAUAUUCCUUGCUAUUAACAUACUUGAUAAAUUGGUUUUCUUCUAGAAGAAAAAAAAUCGAUUCAAGUAUAUUUCCUGUUAUCAAAUUAUUUUAAGCUUUAAAAUGAUAAGGAUUAGCAAAAUAGUUUCAUAUUAGCUAUUUAUUAUCGAUGGAUCGAAGUUUAAGGUUUGAUUUAGAAGAUGUUUCCUCUUGUAGAGACGAAGACGAGGAGAAGAUUGAGGAUGCUUUACAAGUUCAUCAAUUAGAAGAACUUUGCUCUAAAUUCUCCCUGCAUAAUCCUCCCCCGGUGCCAAUUAAGUUCGGUUUUGGAAAAAAUCCCGUAAAAUGGAGAAGACGAGAGCCGGGUUUAGUAAACAAAGAAGAGUUAAGAAAGAUGCUUUCUCAAGUUUUACCAAAGGGUCAUAAGGCUUCCUCCUCAAGACACGCUGAUUCCCUAUUUGCUAAACUUGAUACAUCUUGUGACGGUUUUGUCGAUUGGAAUGAAUUAUGUACUUAUGUCCUAUUACAAUUAAGAGAGAAGGAUCUUAGUGAUAAUGCAGUUGCACCUCCGGUUCAUCACUCUCCAAAGAUUAAGCAUUUAUUACAUAAUAGACAAGAAUCGACAACAAGGAUUCUCGUCGCUGAAGCCCCUCUAAAAUAUAUAACAGUUAGUAAAGAAGGUUCCGUAAGUGUUGUUGAUGGGAAAACACUUAAAUUGGAGAAGAAUACUAUUAUGCAAAAUGAUAUUAGUGACGCUAACGCACCUAAACGUCGUUUUAAACAAUGGGUGACAGAUGCUGCGUAUUUAUCAAAUGUGCGGAAAUUUGUUCUGGCAACAACUGGACGAGAUUUACGCUUCUUCGAUGCUACAUCAACAUCUUACAACGAAGAGUACGCUGUAUACGGACUGAUAGACGUCCCAUGCUGUCUUCAUUAUGAAACAGAGAUUGGAAAACCUUCACUACCUUCUACCCUUAUGUGGGGAGAUGACGCUGGCAAUAUACAUCUCUUUACUUUUCUUAGACCGACUAAUCAACUCUUCGACGUUGUCUCAAGACCAGGAAGAGGCGUUACGAAGCUAUUCUUUAAGGAUUUUAACUUUCACACAUCCAAGUUUGUAAGUCAUCGAACAAUCGAUGCAGUCCAUCCGGAGGCUGUUAGGAGAAUUGCUUACAUAUCGGAUAGCGAGUAUAUUGUUUCAUCUUCCUCAAACCCAAGGUCUGCCGUUGUGGUUAUUGAUCCUCACUUAAAAAAGAAAACCUACACAUUUAAAUUAACUAAGAGUAUUGAAUGUUUUGCUCUUAGUAAAGUAUCGAAUGUUUUAGUUACAGGCGGUAAUGAUAGAAUAGUCCGCCUUUGGAAUCCUUACGUGGUUUCGAAACCUAUAGCUGUCUUGACUGGUCAUGCUCAAGCAGUUUUAGAUGUAAUUGUACACGAUCCUUUGACGUUAAUCUUCUCCUAUUCUAGAGACGCCGUAGUAAAAGUUUGGGAUCUCAGGGAACAUAUUUGCGUUCAAACGAUCAAUAUACAUUUCACAUGUGUUGCGUAUGGUCGCUUACCGGAACAUGGCCCUUUCCCACUUAGAUUGCAUUUGGGACCUCCCCACGAUACUUUAGUCGUUGCCUGCAAUGAUUAUAUGGCACAGAUUCGAUUAGGCAGACCACCAAGUGCCUCCCGCUAUACUAGAUCUUCUCACAGCGCUCCCUUAGCAGGUGCCAGAUUUAAUAAGCAAUUCAACCAAGUUGUGAGUGCUGCAGAAGACUCCAGUUUAGCCGUGUGGGAUGUUUUUACCGGGAGGAAGUUACAAUUUGUUAGAAAUACCCAUGGCAACGAAGAGGUCACUUCGAUAACAACUGACAGUAGCGGGAGAAGAGUGGCAACUGGCGCUAGAAAUGGGACUGUCAAAAUAUGGAGUACCCAAACGGCUCAUCAAAUGCAUUCGCUAAACCGGAUAAGUGAUCAGGAAAUUACUGGCAUAGUUCACUUGCCCACCACAAGGGCUUUUUUAACUGUUGGUUGGAGCCGACGUCUGACCACGUACGAUGACGCUUCGGUAGAUACAGCCCAGGUCAGCGGCCAUGUCUGGGGGUAUCAUAACGACGACAUAUUAGCAGUGAGUCAUUCUCCCCCAUCCCUAGUUGCUACAGGCUCUUUUGAUGGUGAAAUAGUUAUUUGGAGUUUAGAAACUGAAGGGCUUUUUGCACGAGUUAGACGACCACGACCAGCAGGUUUCGGCCCGCCCCGAACACCUUCUUCGAGACCUGCGUCGCGUCGACAUAGGCCACAAAAAUCCCCAUUGACCCCAGCCUACCCAGCUCCAGUUGACGCUUUACUAUUCCUGCAAAAGAGAAUACAAGGUCGCUUUAGAAGGUACGCGGCUACUUUGGUUUCUACCGAUAGUGGAUUAAUAUAUUGGUGGAGAAUACACGGAACGCCAUUACUUAGAGGAAAGCAUAAAUCUGCUUCCUCAGUCAAGGAAGUUUCUCUUUGUUUGGCUACUGACGAUGAAAAUAAAUAUUUAAUAAGUGGCGAUUCUGCGGGUUAUAUCCUCAUUUGGAAUAUAGAGAAUUAUUUAAUAGAUAGUACUGAAAAUAAAUCAAAGAGCCCUGAAUUAUAUAGCUCUUGGUUAGGUCACAAUAGAGCUGUAGUUAGCGUUGACUACGCCGAAAUAGAGGAUGUUGGUAAAUUCGUUGUCACAGCAUCUACUGAUCAUCUGGUAGGCCUUUGGACUUUGGAAGGUCGUGCUAUUGGUACCUUUGGACAGAAGGGCCAUUGGGAUCUAAUGAAGUUAAAAACUUGGUCAAACAUGGAGAAAGAAGAGGAGAAUGUGAGCAUUGCCAAAGAGGAGGAAAGAAGCGAAAUUAAUGAGUUAAUAAAUCCUAAAAAUGAAGAAGAAAGUGUAGAAGAGAUCAAGAUGCACGAUACACAAGAAAUUAAAUCUGCUUCUCCAUUACAUCCAAUAGAGACUAAUAAUAACGAACAAGAUUUACUUUUACCACCAAGAGGGUCUUCUAUGGCAAACUACGCGAGAAGUUCCACGAUUCUAGGAUUAAGAGUUGAGAGACAAUUGUCAAAGGUAACAGACGACAGGGCAACGAGACGAAAGACGGUGGAAUCGUUAAAUACAUCGACCGCUGUUCGAAUAGGUACUGUCUGUUGUCCCUAUCAAGCUUUAAACACUCCUUCCUUGGUCGAAGCCGAUAAUACGUCGUUGGAAUAUAAAUUAAGGGAAAUUAGUUUGGCAACUUUGAAGCCAGCGUCCGGUGGACGUAAAAGGGAAGGAAGUAGGGUUUCCUUGCAUUUACCGGCCAUUAAGGGAAGUAGAGGUCCGGUUUUAGGAAGAAAGUCAAAAACCUCUAUUUCUUUAACAUAAAUAUUGAAAUAUUAAACUGCAUAUGUUUUUUUUUACAUAUUUUUUAAUUUCAUUCCUAAAGUCUUUCGCAAUUUUUUGCAGUAUCUUUUUUUUUUACAAUAAACAAUUGAAUAUAUAAAAUUGAAAAGCU